AAGAUACUGUUUGCUAUGUCACCGUUACUUCCGGUUUCCAUUGAUUACUUCUUUUUUUCAGCUGAAAAUUCUUGGAUUUAUAAGUAAAUAGGCCAUUUACUAUAUUCUACAUUGUGUAUCGCUGGACUGAACCAGACAUAAACCAAAACACCAAUCGUUUAUAAUAAGUGGGGAUCAGUCUUUUUGUGAAAUAACCCAGUACCAGUGGAAUAUCUUGUGGUUUGUCAUCAUCGUUUUAGCAGGUAUUUAUCUCGAUACGUAAAGCUCGUCGAUAUUUCUCUUUCAUGGCACGGGAGGUUAGGCUCUAGACCUAAUUUUUAUCCCAUUCCAUACAAUACACAAAUGAACACAAACCGUAUGUUCAUUUUCCUCGUCAGCUAUUUUGUUACUUUGAAUAUUUGUAUCGUUCGUAGCACAGAGGACUUGUAUGAUGUCCUAGGUGUGAGCAGGUUCGCCUCCUCACAGGAAAUUAAAAAAGCCUAUAAAAACUUAGCCAAAAUAUGGCAUCCUGAUAAAAAUAAUGAUCCUGAUGCCACAGACAAAUUUAUGAAAAUUAAUGAAGCUUAUGAAACUUUGGCUGACAAUGAUAAACGCUCUAUGUAUGACAGACAUGGUUAUAGCGCUGCACAUGAGCCACCUCCGGGGAGCCAAAGAGGGGCAGGCUUCGGCGAAUUCCCCUCGUUUUUUAGGCACGGACCCUUCGGCUCAUUUAAUUUCAACUUUGGAAACGGUGAAUCUAUCCUUGAUAAAUAUACUAUUUCUUUAAGAUUUUACGAAAACCACGUUCUUCCCAACAGUUAUUUAACUCCCUAUUUUUUAUAUGCGUAUACAGACUUUUGUUUUGCCUGCAUGCACUAUGAAUCUUUGAUUGAAAAAAUAAUCAAGGAACUUGAAGAAGUUGGUAUUGGUGUAGCAACCGUUCACGUGGCUUCUAGUCGACCCCUUGCAAGUAGGCUUCGGCUUCACGAAGUGCCCCAAAUCAUGGGCGUCAUUAACGGUCAUGUUCACUAUUUGAAAAAACAAAUAUCACUGCAGAUUCUCAGGGAUUUUAUCCGCAACCUUUUCCCAACCAAUACCAUUCAACGUUUAAAUGACAAAAAUAUCAAAGACUUUUUGCUCGGCUGGCCCGACAAUCGUGUCCGAGCACUGUUUUUUUCUGCAAAAGACAAAAUUCCAGGUAGGUUUCUUGUACCUGCAUUCAGAUUUCAAGAGAAAAUAGCAUCUGGUUUCAUCAACAUGAAGGAGGCGUCGGUUGUGGCCAAUAGCUUACAGAAAUAUAAUAUUAACAAUGCUAAAGACACACUUAUCAUUGUAGGGGAGAAUAUCAACAGUACCCUGGGAGUUGUAUCCAUGCCUUCAUUAUCCAAAAAUAACGUCGUGGAAUUCAUGAAUAGAUUUCAGUUUCUGACUUUACCACGAUUAUCUUCUGAACUAUUUUUUGAUGAACUCUGCCCUAUUGAGAGCAAAGUUAAACAGAGGAAGCUGUGUGUUGUUCUUUUGACUUUGAAAACUGAAGAACAUGACACUCAUCGAACGUUAUUUCGAAAUUAUGUUCAGCAGGCACCAUCCUUUCAGAAUCGAGUGACAUUUUCAUACAUAUUCAAAGAUGUUCAGUAUCGGUUUGUUGAUGCUUUGUUAGAAGGUAGUCACUCAGGUGAGACUGAUGACAGGUUGAAGAUAGCUGUUUUAUGGCGAAUGAACAAAAACCAUAUAAAUUAUGAAUGGAUUGAACCUGGCUGGUCAAAAGAACUUCAUGAAAACCAAGUGGUUUGUCAAAAUAUGGAAAAGCAUUUGCAAGAAUUACUUGUUAGUUCUAAUCAACUUCAUUAUACUGCCACAUAUACUUCAUUUUAUAAUGAACAUUCUUCUGGAAUGUUUAUGAACAUUUUAACAAAACUAUCUAAUGGUUGCUAUGAUUUCUACGAAUAUAUUUCAGCAGGUGUAAGUAACUUUGAUGGUGUUAUGUGGCUUACCAUUUGGUUAGCUAUUUUAACUAUUGGAGUAUUAUUCCAAAGAAAGCUUUUAAUUAAAGAGAUGAAAAAUCGACAGUCAGAGAGGAGAAGGCAACGUGAAUCCACAACUACUGCAGAAAGAUCAAUAUAUGAAAAUUCGAAAAUACGUCUGCAUGAACUUUGCAACCAGACCUUCAGUAAGUUGAUACUAAAUGAGGAUUCUUGCUUAACAAUUACAUUAUUAGUUAACAAAGAAAGCAAAGAUAAAUUAUUGGCCAAAUUCUUGAAAAUUGUUAAACCAUAUUCACUGUCAACAAGAUCAAAAUUUGCAUUUCUUCGAUUAGAUCAUUAUUUGAAUUGGUAUCAACGAUUAUUGAGAGACAGCAAUGUUUUCUGUGGGCAGCUCUCUGAAACUGAUUGCACUGGAACAGUAAUUGCUUUUAAUGCUUAUCGGAAGUACUAUUACAUUUUCCAUUCAAAGACUGCCUCUAAACAGGCAAAAAAUGCAAACAUUGGUAAGAAAUGUUCCAUAUUUGAUUCUGAUUCAGAUGAAGCUGGUGAAACUGAAAAUGUUUUCGAUGAACUUCUGAUAGGUUUGGAAAACUGGUUAGAUAAAGUUAUUGAUGGAAUAGUGGAAAGGAUUUUUAUUCAGAAUUGGCCACUAAUGGAAAAUUCUCUAUGAGUUGUUAAACCUUGUCCUUUUUUCUUGUCGUAUGUAUUGUUUGUGUCUAGAGUUUUUGCUCCUGGUAAUCUGUUGAGGCGGUCUGUUUGUGGCAACUGCUGUAGAAGAUAUCAAUAAUAGUCUGUUGACAAUAAAGCCAGUUUUUCAACAGAUCUUUCUCUCUUUCUCUGCAACAAGAACAGGCAACAAUUGAUUGACAAACUGGGGACUAAUAUUUAUUUCUAGUUUACUACCAACUACAUGAAUCAAUAAGCAGGAGCCAGGACAAUUUAUUUAAUUCCAUUUUGCUGUUUUGAAAUACUAAUUUUCUGCUAUCCUCUGAACUCUACUGAGACUAAACAUUAUCAACAAUGUUACCAUCUCCUCUCUCUCUCUAAACAUUUCAUGGGUGAAAAAUGAAAAAUUCUUUGGAAAGCAACUUGAACACAGUAAUUUGGAAUAGCUAAGCUGUUUUAUUUUGUGCAAUAAAAGUUUGCAAAAAUAUAACAUCAAUUAAAUAAAGAGAAAAAAAACAGAAAGAAAACAAAACAAUAAAGCUAAAAUCCUCUUUUCCUCUACAUUUCUUCCUUCUGAAUGAUUGAAGCUGGUCAUCAAACUGAUGUUAGCUUGUGAUUGAGAGAAGCUGUUUCAUUUUCAAGUUGUAUUGAUCCAUCCAAUCACCACUUGCUGUCCUCUUUGUAAAACUCUUUAAUUUUCCUCUCUUUUGCAAGCAAAUCUUUUAUAUUCACAGCACACUAUUGCUACAAAUAAACUGACAUCACCCUUGACAAACAUUUUUUUCUAUGAAACAAAAUCUUUUCAGUGCAAAGACGAAUAGGAUUUUUUUUUAAAACUCAAUUAUUUAAAAUAAUUUUAUUCUUUGAACAACUACAGACUUCUAUCACCGACUUCAUUAACUCUUGCUUCUGCACUCAUUAACCAAUGAAAAUUAUUGCAACACUAGUUUAGUGAUUUACAUAUGCUAUUUACUUUUCACAUGGGAGGUAGCUGCUAUGCAGUUGCUUGUCCUGCUGAAAAUUGCAGCUAAAUCUUCUGCAUAUCAUCACAUUACACUCUAGUGUCUUAGAAAAGCACACAUUGGAUAAUGCACUCUUAGGUGCACUGUGCCAAGAUAAAGAGGGGGCUGGUCAUGGCUGGAGCGCCUUUGUUUGCUCAGAGCUGACCUGGGACUAAAGCAACAACUAUUUGAGUGAAAGACUUUACAGCAGCCUGAGAUUUGUGCAAGUUGAAAUAAAUAGAAAACUGAAAUCUAAUUUUGUAAUACAGCCUUACAAGGGGGGGGGGGCGUAGGAAUAAAAACAACUUUGAAUUUAGUAUUAGGAAGAACACUAAUUAUAUUAAUAUACUGGAGUAAUUUAUUAAAAAAAAUAUUGAUUAAUGUUUGCAAAGGAAGUGGAUGGCCAUAUUGUCAUGGAUGGGAUUGGAAAUGGUAGGUGAAGGCAAAAAGUAGACCUGAAUAAAUGUUAGCUCUACUGAUGAAACUUAUUUUCUUGUUAAAGUAACACCUAACUAACAGGGAGAAUAUUUAUGCUGUCCAUCGAGUUCAGCUGAAUCUUGUUUAUUGAUUUAAUCAGGGCAGGUUCUGUCACUAGAUUCUUGUGUAUCACUUGCAGAACUAGAAAGUUGUUCUAUAGUCUCUCCACCAAAUCAGUGUAGAUAUCACAGUAGUAUAACAGUAAUAGUAGUAGUAAUAGGCUUUGAGUGACAAUCACGAGUAGCAGAAGUAGAUUAGUAGUUGGGAGGGGUGGUUGAGGCAGAGGUAAGUUAACUGAGGAAGUGGUAGAUUGGGGUUAGUAUUGAUGGUUAAUCCAUAAACUGCUGGGAUUUUGCUGUAUGUAACACGAACUGCUGAGCCUAUUUUGGGUAAAGGUCAACAUCGAUCUAUCACUCGAAAAAAAUAAAAAAAUACUCAGUGUUUCUUAACACCUGUGAUUUGGCUACACUGUUUCUGGGGUGAAAGGGUAUCGUGUGCAUACAUUAUACGUCAUCAAAAUUAGGUCAGAUCAUGCCCUACUUCUGUGGCCUGUCGCGUUGGCCACUGAGGUGGCCUAUCGCAGUUUAUGGGUUAAUAAAAGGCGGUAAGCUAGCAGAAUCGUGAACAUGCCGGGCAAAAUGCUUAAUAGCAUUUCGUUCAUCAUUAUGUUCUGAGUUUAGAAUUCCACUGAGGUCGACUUUGCCUUUCAUCUCUUUAGGGGUCAAUAAAAUAAGUUCGAGUUGAACACUGGGGUCAAUUUAAUUGAUUUAUCCCUUUCCCCAAACCUGCUAGCCUUGUGCCGAAAUUUGAAACCAAUACUUAUGGUUAUCUAGGGAAAAAUUAACUAUAGUUGGUUGGAGAGGCGAAAGAAAUCUAAUAUUUUGAGGUUCGGCUAAUACAUAAAUUUCUUGAGGUAGAUGCUGGACAGGACAAUUUUAAAUUGUUUAAUGCAAUUAGAAAAAUGAAGUUAGUUGUGUGUAAUGGCUCAGUUAGAAGAUGGUUAGAAAAAGUUACUGUAAAUACAAUCUUAUAAAGUUUAUAAAUGAGUAAAGCAAAAAUGGAACAAGCUAGAUGAAUGCAUUUUUGCACAGUUGUGUCCUGUAAAUGCAUUUUUGCACAGCUAAGUAUCCAGUUGCAACUUUGACAAAUUGAUGUAAAAAAGCAAUGUUGGUGAUGUUUGUUAAUUUUGAUGUUAUUUAUUUUUGUUUAUAUUUUAUGUCAUACAUUUGUGAAAAUAAGCAUUGAUGGUUGUAACUUAUUUUAUAUCUCUUUUUUAAACCAUAUUCAUGUCUUUCUCCUAUUUUUUUUUUUUUUCACAAACAUUGUGUUAAAACAUUGUCAUAUGGAUUCCUUUUGUAGACGGAUUUUUUAUUUUAUUUUAUUUUUCACUUGUGUGUUUUUAUUUUUAAAAUAUCUAAAAAACCCUCCCCCAAAAAACAAUUUUAAUAACUUGAAUGGUGAUAAAUAAUCCAACAUAAAUGUUAUAUAAAUCACAGAAUAUAUUUAAUAAUUAAAUAUUAAACCAAAUCAUU